AUGGCAUCAUUUAUCCGCCAAUUCACUUCCCCCGCGGUACCGCCUACAGCAUCUUCCACUUCAAACUCAUUCGUUGAUAUUCCCAUUCCAUCUUUUAUUAUUUCUAAUUCAAAGUCUGCAACCUGGUUGUAUACAACCGUUGCCAUCGUCGGUGCUCUUCUCGUGCUUGAACAGUCUGUUUACAGAUCCAAGAAAAAGCACUUACCUGGCGACUCAUGGACAAUUCCAAUCAUUGGAAAGUUUGCAGACUCCGUGAAACCAACCAUGGAGGGCUACAUGAGACAGUGGAACUCUGGCGCGUUGAGUGCUAUAAGCGUGUUUAACAUUUUCAUUGUCAUGGCUUCAUCUAACGAGUAUUCGCGGAAAAUCCUAAAUUCUCCGACUCACGCUGAGCCUUGCCUUGUCCACUCAGCAAAGCAAAUUCUCAUGCCCGACAAUUGGGUAUUCCUAACAGGGAAAUCUCACGUUGAGUAUCGCAAAAUUCUGAACACUUUAUUUACCCGUAAAGCUCUCAGUAUCUACAUUGGUAUCCAGGAUGCGAUUGCUCGCCAACACUUCAGCCAAUGGCUUGCAGACGCGCAGAAAGAUCCUUCACCACAGGCAAUUAUGAUGACCGCACGCAACCUCAACAUGAUCACUUCCCUUCGUGUUUUCUGCGGCAAUCACAUCCCCGAGCAUGGCGCUAUUGAGAUCAGCGAGAAAUACUGGGACAUCACGCAAGCCCUCGAACUCGUCAACUUCCCUUUGGCUAUCCCUGGUACAAAAGUAUACAGAGCUAUACAAGCCCGCAAGGUCGCCAUCAAGUGGCUGGAGCUUGCUGCAUCCAAGGCCAAAACCGCCAUCGCUGAUGGCUGCGAACCUGAAUGCAUGCUUGAAGAAUGGGUCAAGGAAUUGGAGGCCCCAGGAUACAAGGGCCGUAAGGAUUUCACCGACCGCGAGAUGGCUAUGGUUGUGUUCUCGUUCUUGUUUGCGUCGCAGGAUGCUAUGAGUAGUGGGUUGAUUUACGGCUUCCAGCACUUGGCAGACCAUCCCGACAUUUUGGCCAAAAUCAGGGAAGAACAGUACCGUGUUCGCGCUGGAGAUGCGUUUGUCAAGGAAAGCAUGCGUGUCAAGCCUCCCGUAACCAUGGUUCCCUACAGGACGACAAAGGCUUUCCCUAUCUCUAAUGAUUAUACUGUUCCCGCAAAUAGCAUGGUGAUACCCUCAUUCUACAACUCCCUGCACGACCCCUCUGUUUUCCCCGAUCACGACGAGCUCAUCCCUGACCGUUGGCUCGAUCCCAACAGUUCUGCCAACACGAACCCGAGGAAUUACUUGGUCUUUGGUAGCGGUCCUCACAAAUGCGUCGGUAUAGAGUACGCGACGAUGAACAUCGGACUGGUUCUUGCCACCGCGAGCGUGUUGAUGGACUGGGAGCACCAUAUCACACCCGAAAGCGAUCGAGUCCAGAUCAUUGCAACUUUGUUCCCUAAAGACGGAUGCCUCAUGAAGUUUACCCCUCGUCCACGACCUUGA